UAAAAGUCUCAACCGCGUCUUCGUCUUCCUCUAACCUCUUCUUCUUCUUCUUCUUCUACUUCUCUCUCAGUUGAAUUCUCGAUUAAUCGUGACCGGAGCAUAUGGCGGAGAUAGGAUCGCGAUCGCGACGAACAGAGAUCAAUUUGGCUACAAUAUGCUGCUCAGCUUUCUCCUGUAUCCAUCUCUACUGGGCACGUCUUGUACUCCGCAAAUGGCUCAACGUUUCUUCCACUGAAUCAGAUUAUAGCGCCGAUACUGACGACGACGACGAGAGAUUCACCCUUUCCGGCGACCAAGCAGAAUUUGACCCACGUAGCUCUGGAGUAACCAAAGAUGUUGCUAUUGAUGAUGCCCCUAAGCUUAGAAGACGAAAUUCGGAAACUUUCAGGGUGCAGUAUAUGUUCACACAAGCAAUCAGAAUCUGUGCGGGGACAUGGAAUGUUGGUGGAAGAGUUCCACCGGCUGACUUGGAUAUCGAUGGUUGGCUAGACACUGUUGAACCUGCAGACAUUUAUGUUCUUGGUCUUCAGGAAAUCGUUCCCUUAAAUGCCGGAAACAUUUUUGGUAUUGAGAAUGACCAGCCUGCUUCUGAAUGGGAGAAUAUUAUACGGGAUGCCUUAAACCGAGUUCGACCUAGAAAGCUAAAGUUUGUAAGUCAUAGUGAUCCUCCUUCUCCGUCAAAGUUUAAGCCAUCCAAAGAGGUCUCUUACAGCGUGCAAGAUCUGUAUGUUGAAACCAGUCAUGGUGCUUGCGAUGCGAAUUGUUCAAUGGAUAGACCAAUCGUAAGUGAAGGUUUGCUUACUAAUAUAGACGUUUUGGGCUCUAGCAAUAACAACGCAUCACCAAAUACACAAGACGGCUCUCUCUCGAUGCAAAUUAAUAGUGAUUCACAAAGGGAAGAAAGAUUUAGUUACACUGAAAGAGUUGGUUUGACCUGGCCAGAGCCUCCAUUAAAGCUGCUAAAUCAAUAUGUUUUGGGAAAACGUGGUUCCAUCAAGUCAGUGAAUCUGACUCGCAUGAAGCUGAGAAAACCAUCGUAUGUACGGAUUGUGAGCAAACAGAUGGUUGGUGUGUUUCUCACUAUCUGGGUUCGACGGGGCUUGCGCAAGCACAUAAGCAACCUUUGUGUGUCUACAGUUGGUGUUGGUAUUAUGGGCUACAUUGGUAACAAGGGGUCUGUAUCUGUGAGCAUGUCAAUCUAUCAAACACCGUUUUGUUUCUUGUGCACGCAUCUGUCAUCAGGGGAAAAGGAUACGGAUCACCAGAAACGAAACGAUGAUGUACGUGAAAUUCACAGAAGAGCUCAGUUUCAACCUAAUGCAAAUGGUCUUCCAAGUAGCAUCCGUGAUCAUGAAAGAAUAAUCUGGCUGGGAGAUCUCAACUAUCGGAUUAACUUGUCGUAUGAGAAGACACAUGAGCUUAUUGCAAGAAAGGAGUGGCAGAGGUUGCUUGAGAAUGACCAGCUCUUAGGAGAAAUGAAGAAAGGGAACGUAUUCGAGGGAUGGUCAGAGGGAACUUUAAGCUUUCCACCAACAUACAAAUACGAAAUCAAUUCAGAAAACUACAUCGGAGAUGACCCUGAAUCCGGGAAACGUAAACCAGCCUGGUGUGACCGCAUCAUUUGGAAUGGUAAGGGAAUGAAGCUUCUUAAUUACAGAAGGACCGAGCUUAAACUAUCGGAUCACAGGCCUGUCACAGCUACAUUCUUGGCCGAGGUUGAGGUUUUGUCUCCACGGAAACUUCAGCGUGCGCUUGCCGUCACUUACGCCGAGAUCCAAAGCCAAGAAGCUUGUACAGUCGCCUAAAUACACAGGUGAGAUCCAUUUGUACAAACUCCGUAUUGUGUAGAGACUAUUUCACACAUCAUUUGCAAUCUGUAUAUUCUGUAGUUCUCAUUAAAGGAGUAUAUAGUGUGUACUCGAAAAAAAUAUUUGAUUUGAAGAUACAGACGGUGAACGAAGACCGUAUUCCGUGUAAAUACAUUUAAUUUUGCUUCACCUUUAGUAUAUAAACAAGUUAUCAGUAUUA